AUGGCCGUGUCGUAUCUGCUGUUGUUCCUCCUCGGUACUUGUGGGAACGUGGCAGUACUGACAACCAUCUAUCAUGUUGUACGUUCAAGUCGAGCCACGCUCGACAACACACUCAUUUAUGUGAUCGUACUGUCAUGUGUCGACUUUGGUGUAUGCCUCAGCUUGCCGUUUACCGUUAUCGACCAGAUUCUUGGCUUCUGGAUGUUCGGUACCGUGCCGUGCAAAUUGCAUGCCGUCUUCGAAAAUUUUGGCAAGAUUCUCUCGGCACUAAUUCUUAGCGCUAUGUCCUUUGAUCGCUACGCUGGAGUCUGCCAUCCACAGAAGAAAUUUCUCAGAUCCAGAAAGUUGGCCAUCUCCAUUCUGUUCGGUUUGUGCUUUUUUUCACCACCUACACAUUGCUCAUAA